GGGGGCGAAAGGGGCGGGACCAGUGGCCGCGGGUUCCGUGCCGCCGCCGCUGGAACCGGGAGAUGCGGCGCAGCGGCCGUCGCUGGGCUGGCUUCUCCCCGAGCCUUGUGUCUUAUUGCGGUCCCUUCCGCGGCAUCGAGUAUGUUGUUGCCUUCGGACGUGGCCCGGCUGGUAUUGGGUUACUUACAACAGGAAAACCUCACUUCUACCUGUCAGACUUUUAUUUUGGAAAGUUCACAUUUAAAAGAAUAUGCAGAACACUGUACAGAUGAAGGUUUUAUCCCAGCCUGUUUACUGUCCUUAUUUGGAAAAAACUUGACAACAAUUUUGAAUGAAUAUGUAGCUAUGAAAACAAAAGAAACAUCAAAUCACGUCCCAGCAAUUAUGUCAUCCCUGUGGAAGAAGUUAGACCAUACACUUUCUCAGAUCAGGAACAUGCAAGGUUCCCCAGGGUUUGCUGCUAAUCAGAGAGCCCGAACGAGAAGUGGAAUUGCGGAAAUCAAACGGCAAAGGAGGCUUGCAUCUCAAGCAGCUCCCGUUAGUUCAGAGAUGCUGACUUUACCAUACCUCUCAGGACAGUUUACUACUGCUCCUUUGACAGCUACACAAGUUAUUCGGCCAAUUAGCCAAACUUCAGUUCCUUUGAGGUCAAAUUUUGUAGUGGUUAACCAUUCACAAUCUCAAGACAUUGUGACCACUGGAGAGGCUUUAAAUAUCAUUCCUGGUCCUCAGGAGAAGAAAACUAAUGCCAGUUUAAUGUCUCCUGGUAGACGCAAAAGUGAAUCGCAAAGGAAAAAUACCACUUUGUCUGGACCUCAGUCAACAAUAUGGAAUUUCCAGGAUCCAAAUGCAUUUGCAGUAGAAAAACAACUUGUUAUUGAAAAUGCACGAGAAAAAAUAUUAAGCAACAAAUCUCUUCAAGAAAAGCUUGCAGAGAACAUUAAUAAAUUUUUGAUUAGUGACAACAAUAUUGCUCAAGCACCUAAGCAAACAGAUAGUAACCCUACUGAACCAGAAACUUCAAUUGAUGAACUCCUGGGACUUCAGAGUGAAAUCCAUAUGUCUGAAGAAGCUAUACAAGAUAUACUGGAACAGACAGAAUCAGAUCCAGCAUUUCAGGCACUUUUUGAUCUCUUUGACUAUGGUAAAACAAAGAAUAAUAAAAAUUUAUCACAAGGCAUUUCCAGUCAGCAUAUGGAAACCAAUCCCAAUAUAGUCUUAGCAGAUGAAACUAAUCUAACAGUUAAAGGUUCUUUUAAUACAGAAGAAUCUGAUGAUCAAUCUGGUCAACCCCCACUUUGUACAUCUUAUCAAAAUGAAGACGCAUCAAAUGCUUUAAAGAAUGGCAGCAACCGUGAUGAGCUUAGACAGGAAACCCAGGAACAUUUUUCCCAGAUAAGUUCCAACAUCCAGAAAAAAAUCUUCAAAACAGGUGUACCUACUGAACAGAAGUGUAACCUUGAUAUUACCUAUGAGUCUGUGCCUAAUUUAAAUGACUUUAACCAAAGAGUAAAUUCUGAUGCCAAAUGUAAUCAGCAUUGUGGUGAAUUACACACCAAUCAAAUGUUCACUGAAACUGACAUGGCAAUGGAAGUUGAGAAGAACUCUUUGUCUCCAAAUGUGCCGAAUGAAUCUCGAUUACAAGUAGAUCAGCCUGAUACACCAGUAACUUCAUUUGUAACUGAAAACUUAACUCUCUCUGGGAAAAGUUCUCAACUUUUAUCCCAAAAUAUACCAUCAACUGGAAAGUCAUCUAAAAACAGCCAAUUUUGUGAAAAUUCUAAUGAUAUAGGAAGACCGAAAACUAAUUUCCCUGGUUCCAAAACACCAGAGUCUAGAGAAAUUCAUCAGAGUAAAAUUGAAAUUGAUGGUCUAUUACCAGUAACAUCACAACUUUCAGAGUGCCAAGAUAAUUCUUCACAUCAAAGUAUAUCUGUGUCUGUUGAAAGUUCAUUUUUAAAUGUAUCUGAACAAGGAGAAAUUGGUCUUGGAGAUUCAAUAUCUUCAAUUAAACAACCAUCUAAUGAUUCAUCAUGUAUUGAGUUAGAUCAUACAGGACAUGAAAAUCAGCCCUCCAGAUCUGAUAAAGUUGCUUUGGAUUCACAACCUUCAUCUUCUGCAAAAGAAGAUGGAAAUAGUGUUUUUCUCUCAUUAGGUGAAAAUGAAAACUGUGGGGAAAUUGCAUUGAUGCCUCCAGAAGGUAAUCUUGUAGAAGAAAGACAUUCUCUUCCUUCAGAACCUGUGUGUUCUUCAGUAGUAGAGUCUCGCCCUGAGUCCCAAAAUACUAGUGAUAAACCUGCUAGGAACAACUCAACAGAGAUAGAUGCAUCAAAUAUUGUCUCUCUCAAAAUUAUCAUUAGUGAUGAUUCCUUUGUUUCCUCAGAGACUGAACUUAACACUGCUGUUUCUAGUAUCAGUGGAGAAAAUGUGCCAACUAUAAUUUUGUCUUCUGCUAAAUCACCUGCCAAAAGUGCAGAAUUAGUUAAAUGCCUGUCUUCAGAAGAAACUGUAGGUGCUAUCACAUCUCCUGAAGGAACAGGGAAUUCAGCCUCAAUGGAACAGAGCCUUUUAGUGCUUAAACCUGAAGACUCUGCAGUAAACAACACUCGAAGUGAAGACCGCAUUGCUUUUUCAGCCAAUGUUACAUCAUGUGCUUCUAAGGAUGGGGGGUUUAUACAGUUGAUGCCAGCUACAAGCACAACUUUCGGCAGUUCAAAUAACAUUCUGAUAGCUACCUGCGUGACUGAUCCAUCAGCCUUGGGAACAACUGUAAGUCAGUCGAGUGUUGUGGUGGUGCCUGGAAAUUCUGCACCUAUGACUGCCCAACCUUCACCAUCCCAAUUACAGACACCACCAAGAUCAAACAGUGUAUUUGCUGUCAACCAAGCUGUGUCACCCAACUUUUCACAAGGAUCUGCCAUCAUAAUUGCUUCUCCAGUCCAGCCUGUACUCCAAGGAAUGGUAGGAAUGAUACCUGUAUCUGUGGUUGGUCAGAAUGCAAAUUCAUUUUCUGCUCCUCCUCAGCAGGUCCUUCAUAUGCCUUUGGCAGCACCUGUAUGCAGUAGAAGUAUCCCUCAAUUCCCUGUGCCUCCAAAGUCUCAGAAAACUCAGGGACUAAGAAAUAAGCCUUGUACAGGAAAGCAGGUAAAUAAUUUGGUGGAUUCAUCAAGUCUUUUAGUUGGAUGUCAUGCACAAAGAAUUGAAGUUUCUGAGAAGAAUAUGACAACAGAUCAUGGAAAAAAACUCGAAGAAAUCACAGUUCCCUUCUCAGUAGAGAAUAUAGUUCCAACUAGCAAACCACUGGAAAGCCAUAGGCGUGUGCUGUGUUUUGAUAGCACUGCUCCCGUGGCAGAUACACAGGGGACAAAUCAUAAGAUGGUGUCCCAGAGCAAAGAAAGGAAUGAUAUUUCAUUUUCUAAUCUUGGCUCACCCAUGAUGUCCUCUACCUUAAAACCCUCUUCUAAUAAUGCUCUCAAAAGGGAGAGAGAGAAACUUCCUGUGCCUAAGAUUUUAUCUAAAUCAGAAACUGCCAUUGGCAGACAUACCAUAAAAGAAGCUCAGUCAGAAAAGAAAGUUUCAUCAACAGAAACUGGUCUUGAAUCUUUCCAUAAAGCAACAGCUAAUAAGGAGAAUGAAUUAUGCAGUGAUGUGGAAAAACAGAAAAAUCCAGAAAUUUUAAAACUAUCUAAUGGGCAGCAAAAUGGAGGUUUACGAAAUGAGAAGACUAUAUCCUCACUGCAAGAACUAACCAAAAAACAAGGCACAUCCUCAAACAGUAAAAAUGUCAUUUCCAUAGGUGCAGCUGUGAAGGAUCUAAAACAGGAACAAACCAAAUCUGCCAGCUCUUUGAUUAACCCACUAAACAAACAUACCACAGAAAUGUUACAGGAGGCUCAGCGUCAUAGCCCAGUAAACAGGCUCGUAGACACUGCUCAUCCAUCUGUGCCCCGGACACCUGGCUCAGGGGCAGGGGAAAAACAUAAAGAAGAACCUACCGAUGGUAUCAAGAUCCCCUCUAGCAGGCGUCUCGUUGAAGACGGUAGCACACCCAAAAUAAUGGUCCCUCCUGUCACCCCUGACCUGCCAGCCUGCAGCCCUGCCAGUGAAGCAGGGAGUGAAAACAGUGUGAACAUGGCUGCACACACAUUGAUGAUUCUCUCCAGAGCAGCCAUCUCUAGGACUACUUCAGCAACUCCUCUAAAGGACAAUACACAACAAUUUAGAACAUCUGCAAGAAACACCACAAAAAAGCGGAAAAUUGAGGAAUUAGAUGAGCGUGAGCGAAACUCCCGUACUUCGAAUAAAAAUCUUUCAAAUUCGUCAGUACCAAUGAAAAAGAAGAGAAUCAAGAAAAAGAAGCUGCCCAGUUCAUUUCCAGCUGGAAUGGAUGUGGACAAAUUUUUGUUAUCCUUGCAUUAUGAUGAGUAAACAUGCUGAACAUAUAAGAACAAUAGUUGUUUAAAACUCGUAUCCCUUAAACUGUGAGUGUAGGGAAUGAGAUAUUGACAAAAUCUAAAAGCUUGACCUGCACUUUCAUUAUACUGAAAUUUCACUUUAUAUCUAAAUCAUGCUGUUUCUGAAGCAGCUUCCUAGCUUGUAAAUGGAUUUACCUGUUAUAUUUUUAUUUUGGGCUGGGGGAGGGGGGGAAUUGCAGAUAUGUAAGUAAAGCCAUUCUGCAAGUCUGUAUAGCUUUGACAAUUGCAUAUUGUAAAUAUUGUGUAAACAUUGUUGAAAUAGAGGUUAAGUCAACCCAAUGUUCUUAACACUGUGUUUUUUUACUUCUUAUGAUACCUAAUUCUGAGGUUUUUAUUUAUCUGGAAUAGUUUCUCACUGUUGGGGGAGGGAAGAUAAUGUUUUUCCUUAUAAAUUGCCUUCAGUAACUGUCCAAUGAGACAUAUAAAGACAUAGCCACUAAAUAGUACAAAAGUGAUAACCACCUCCAAUGGUAAGAAACUAACAGUUUGGAGGUUUUUCUACAGUGAAUACUUUAUCACCCCUUCUUAUAAUUGCAGUAAAGAUUAUAUUCCUGAAAUUUAUACUUCCUCUGGUCGUUCUGGUCUCUUUGUUUUAAAGAGAGAAUUUUUUUAAACCACAUGAGUAUUCUGAUCUUUUGUUUAUAACUUUGUAAAUGUUUUACAGAACUUUAAGUAUUUAGACUAUUGAGCCAUAAAAGGUUUGGUUGAGAUUUCUUGGGAUGUAUAUACUUUUCCCCUAAAUACUGGGGAUUUAAAGAAUUGCACUAAUUCUUAGAACUCCUUAUGUAGUAGUGACCAACGCACACUUAAUUUAAAUCUUGUAUCCUAUUUUAAAGCUUAUGUGGAGGAUUAUCUUCUGAUAUCCUUUUUAGAAAGCCAUGCUUAUCAUAAGGUGUAAGAAGAGAAAUCAUAGUUUUAUAUUUUAACGUAGAUUCUCCUAAAAUGGGCUGUUAAAUAACUAUAUCUAUACUCAGAUAUAGUGCAUUGUCUUUGUGCUCCUUAAAAAUGUUAUAAAGAGUUACUUUCAAAAGGAGAUGAGAGGUGCCUUCUCUGUAUUAGACUUUCACACAUCAGUAAGUUGAUGGAUUGAUUUAAACAUUUAAAUGAGAAUAGAAAUUAUAAUUAGCACCUGACCAAUUGUGCCUACACAUUAAAGUGUGUUCUCUUAAGUGCUUUCUGUUUGGUUAAAUAUCAGUAUAUUAAGCUUUUUUUUCUUUUUCUUUUUUUUUUUUUUUACAGAUACAUGUACAUUUACAGAGUCAUUUUGCUCAACUUUUUUUUUUUUUUUUAAUACUGGGCCUUUAAAAAGUGAAAUCUAUUCUACUCCAAACAACAUUUCUCCAUGUGGAAAUCACAUCUUUAUUACUGAAUCUCACUGCAGAAAUUUAUAUUGUAAAAAAGUUUUCUGAUGUGGCAAUAGUCUAUUCCUAAGGAACUAAAUAUCAUACAGUUGAUAUUUGUUUAACUCAGCUUGGUACUGUAAUACAGUUAGGUUUGAAUAAAUAUUUUCAUUAACUUAAA